AUGAUCACGGACGUGCAGCUCGCCAUUUUCGCCAACAUGCUGGGCGUCUCGCUCUUCCUCCUCGUCGUGCUGUACCACUACGUGGCCGUGAACAACCCCAAGAAGCAGGAGUGAGGGGACCCCCCCCGAAAGCCCCGGCAGCGC